UGAUUCAUUUGACUUUAACUGCUUCAAGUGACUUGAAUGACGCUUCUAAUGAGGUCCAAGCGUCUUUUAUUUUUAAUUUUUUUAUGAUUUUAAUCACUUUAAUUGUCGCAAUAAUCGCAACUGCAUUUUUCACCUUUUUAUGCUGGUUCAUAAUUUGGAAAUUGUGUUUGAGUAAAUUUCGAUUUUUCCAAGAAAUUUUCGUUGGAUUUUUCAAUAGUGAUGGCUCUCGAUCUAGUAACAAAAGAAAGACUCACGUGCGAUGAUAAAUCAAGUUUGAUAUCGAACUUGGUUAAUCCGGAAAUUCACAAAGUAUUAACUGAGAAAGCAUUUGAUUUAGCUGAAGAGGCUCUUAGAAGUGGUGAAGUUCCUGUUGGUUGUGUUAUGGUAUUGAUUAAAUCACCAGGCAAAUUGAUUCAAUGUGAUAAUGAUUAUGAGAUAAUUGCCCAAGGUCGCAAUAAAGUUAAUGUAACUAAAAAUCCUACACGUCAUGCAGAAAUGGAAUGUAUUGAUUGUAUUCUAAACUGGUCCAGAAAACAAAAGAUAAAUAAUCUACACGAAAUUUGGUCUAAUUUAAUGGUUUACGUGACAGUUGAACCUUGUAUUAUGUGUGCUCGAGCACUUAGAUCAUUGGGUAUAACCAUAGUUUUCUAUGGUUGUCCUAAUGAAAGAUUUGGUGGAUGUUCUUCCGUCAUGAAUGUUCACAAUGACAAUUCGAUACCCGAACCUGUCAUUACCUGUUAUCCAGGAGCCUUAAAUAAAUCUCGAGCUGUUGAUUUACUGAAACAAUUUUACAUGGGAGAAAAUCCAAAUGCUCCUGAACCAAAGGUUAAGAAAAAGAGACUCAACGAAUGACAAUUAUUUUCUCAUUUUUAAAAUAUGCAUAUACUCAAUGUCUAUCUAAUGUAAUUAUCUAAUUAUGUGACCAAAUAUAGAAAAUUAUUCUCAUAAAUGAA